AUGCUUGUCUACCCCACGCUGCUCCAAUCAACGCUACAGCAUGCGGCCUCCCGCGACGGACGGGACUCGGAUGCCGAAGAGGCGCUUAACGCCCUGAUCGCCCUGGAUGAGCGCUGCGCUGUUUGGUGGGCGCUGAGGGCACGCCAGAGACUGCAGACGGGUGAGAACCAGCAGGCGCUAGCGGAUGCCCGGCGCGUGCUGGAGCUUCAGCCAAGGAACCCAGAGGGAUCCGUCCUCCGCGCGCGGGCGCUCGCGGCGCUGGGGGAUUCCGGGGCUCAAGCCGCCCUGGCGGAGGCAGAUCGAGCACCCCUGACGUCCGCACAGCGGAGAGAGGUCGAUGCCUUACGCCCGAAGCUGCCAGAGAAGCAGAGCGCCGAGGACCUCUGCGUCCUGGGCGCCCAGGCAUCCUUGGCUUGGAAGCAGGGCAACGUCGCCGAGGCGAAGCAAAGCUUUCGCAAGCUGCGCGAGCUGGAUCCGGCCACGGCGCUGUGGGCCGUGGCUUUGGCCAGGAUCCACCUUUUCGAGGAGCAUGCCUCCGAGGCCCUGGAACUCUGCACCGGAUUCAUGGCGACCACCGGCGCUAGACACGCCGAGCUGCUGCUAGUGCAGGGCCUAGCGCAGAAAGCGCUGGGCAAGAACGAUCUGGCCCGGGCAGACCUCGAAGAAGCGAAGCUGCUGGGCGGUCUCGGGGAGGCGGCCCGAAGGGAACUGGACAGCGCCUUGGGCGACCUCGGGACGCCUCUGGCAGAGGCGAAGGCCACCGAUGCAGGGCAGUCUCGAGAGAAGCAGGCUGAGGGAAGCCCGAGCCGUACAAAGGAGGCAAAGGACAAGCAGGAGUCAUCUGCUUCCAGCAGUGCUGCGGCAAGACCUCGAGCAGAGGUAGCAACUGAUCUCGGUACAGACGGAUUUACAGACGCAGAAUCCGCGGAGAUGGACCUCUCAGGCACUUUGGCUAUGCCACCGUCUACGGAUGGCCGUGGCCUAGUGCUGGAAGAGAAUGCAGCAGCAGCUAAUGUGUUUGCGCCAAACGCACCUUCUCCUUUCGUAGGACUAGGAGCUCCGCAGAUCCACAUGUACCGACAACAGUUUCAGCAGAACAUCACGAUAGGUGAAACACCUGAACAAACAAGACUUCUCCUCACUGAGUUAGAGAACGAAGCAGAGUCCAGGCACCAGAGGUUCCGCCUAGCUGCUGAAGAAGCCCAUGAUCAACAAAUCGCAGAUGUUGAAGAAAGGGCUAACAGGCAGCACGAGGAAGUCGUUGCUAGACUUGAGUCUGAAAUUGCUAGCCAAAGGUAUAGCUUUGUCGCGAGGCGGAAGGCCGACACGCCCUCCGUCGAGGUCCCCGUCACCCGCGCCAACGCGCAGGAAACCAAGCCGUGGUUGAAGGGUAAGGCCAAAGUGAUCAAGACGCUUCCCAUUUCUCCAUACACUGCUAAGGAGAACUGGGACUGGAAAGGGGGAAGAGGGGGAACCGGCGAUAAGAUGCCGUGGACCGGCAAGACUGUUUUCAAGAUCAAAGAACAAGACAAGAAGGCUUUCGCAGGAGCAGCAGAGGAACGAGAUCCAGUGGUCGAGCACCCCGAUCCUGAGAUCUCCGCAGCCAUCAAUGAGGUGCCGCCGAUAGAUAUCCCCAAAGAGAAGCUCAAAAGACCAGGCACAGAUGGUGCCGGACCACGCGCCCCGCCUGGGGAUUCGCCGGACGAGCCUUUGCCUCCGCCCGGUGUGCCUGAUUUGGACGGCUCCGAUUUGAAGGAUCGUUUGUCCGAGUACUUGGACCAAGUGGCUAAGGAAAACGAGGACUAUGUUCCCGAAGAUGUCGGAGCUGUGGAGGACUGGCUGGGGAGGGAUGCUCCUGGAUCUUCUAAGGAAGCAACAUCCGUGCCUAAGGCACAACGGGAGGCUGACAUUGAAAGAUUCGAACGCAAGAAGGCUCGUGAAGCCGAGGAAGAUGCUCGCAAGGCCCUUAGAGACUCCCCGGCCAUGCCUGUCAUCGCCGAGCCUGACCCCGAGCCCCAUAGGGAUCGCAUGGCGUCCUUGUAUUGGGCCAAACUUGGUCAGGUUGCGAGUGAGAUGUUUGCUGCUGUUGCCAGGGUUGUCGGGCCUAAAGAAAUCGAAAGUACUCCCGCUGCGAAAGAAGCCAUGGACCGAGAAUGGAAGAAACUUGCCGAUAAGUCUUGCUGGCUCGAAAAGAAGGUUCGAGAAUACCGGGAUGUUGCCGCGGAAGCCAAACACAAGAAUGUCAAGGCCCAUUUCGGGAAAAUCUUUGAGAUUUGUUCGGUCAAGGGGGAUGAACUCCCGGACGGGCACCCCCAGAAGAAAUGGAAGGGUCGUAGUGUUUUCCAGGGCAACAACGUCCAGGACGAAAAUCACGAUCACGCCAUUUUCGCCGAACUAGGAUCAAGCCCCGCUAGUAUGGAGGCCGGGAAAAUCAUCGAUGUGUUUGGUAGCCAACCCGGGUACGUGAAACAGCAGGCUGAUGGCAUCGCUGCAUACACACAAGCCCUCUUUAAAGGCAUCGAAACGUGGGUCCGUCUCCCUCGAAACAGAUGGCCUAAAGAAUGGUCUGGGUAUGAAGAUCCUGUUUGCCCACUCAGGCUCGCUUUGUACGGCCACCCUGACUCAGGUGGUAUCUGGGAAAGGUACUGUACCGAACAGUUAGAGAGUGUUGGUUUUACUGCAGUUCUACCCGACAUUUGGCAUUCUGUUUUCUACCAUGCUGAACUAGAUUUGUUGCUUGUUGUGUACGUUGAUGACUUCAAGAUGGCCGGCCCCCAAGACAAAAUCAACAAAGGUUGGGAGUUGAUCGCUAAGGUGAUUGACAUGGAACCAGCCGAGGUCUUGGGACGGUACUUCGGGUGUCAUCACGUUGAGCAAAAUCAGGUCCAGCUUUCACGGGAGGACCACCCAUUUGCUUACGUCUUCGACAAGAAGCACGCUAGCCCAGCUGCCGACUACCAAGUCCGGCCGAACCGCAAAGAGGACUUCUGGGAGGUCGACGCUGAGUUAGCUGCAGUCGUUAGGUUGGUGGACUGGGAGAACAUAUUUCCCUAUCACAGAGGUCAGUGA